AUGCACAUUAAGGCCACAUACAGACGGACAGCUGCCUCCAGCUGUCGGGGUACUGAGAAUAGGCUAGUGCUUCGACGGCAGACCAUCCUCCGGGAGAAGGGCAGAAGGCUGGCCAAUCGAGGGCCAGCAUACAUGUUUAAUGACCGGUCAACAAGUCUGUCACUUGAGGAGGAGCGCUUUCUGGAUGCGGCAGAAUACGGUAAUAUUCCUGUGAUUCGUAGAAUGCUGGAAGAGUGCACUUCACUCAAUGUGAACUGUGUGGACUUCAUGGGGCAGAAUGCUUUGCAGCUAGCAGUUGCCAGUGAGCAUCUGGAGAUCACAGAACUUCUGCUGAAGAAGGAGAACCUGUCAAGGGUUGGGGAUGCCUUACUCUUGGCUAUUAGUAAGGGGUAUGUUCGGAUAGUUGAAGCCAUCUUAAACCACCCUGCAUUCGCUGAAGGCAAGAGGUUGGCACUAAGUCCCAGCCAGUCAGAGCUCCAGCAUGAUGAUUUCUAUGCAUAUGAUGAAGAUGGAACUCGGUUCUCCCAUGAUGUUACUCCAAUCAUUCUAGCUGCCCAUUGCCAGGAAUAUGAAAUUGUUCACACCCUCUUGAGGAAAGGGGCUCGCAUUGAAAGGCCACAUGACUAUUUCUGCAAAUGCAAUGAGUGCAAUGAGAAGCAAAAACAUGACUCUUUCAGCCAUUCUAGGUCCAGAAUCAAUGCUUACAAAGGUCUGGCAAGCCCUGCUUACCUGUCGUUGUCCAGUGAAGACCCAGUAAUGACUGCCUUAGAACUCAGCAAUGAACUUGCUGUGCUUGCAAACAUUGAAAAAGAGUUCAAGGUGAGUGAAACUGGUUAA